AUGGACCGCCAUGCGACACCACCCUUCAUGCUGCAGCUCUUCUGCCGCGCCGGCGCAUUCCACAGGCCGGACGAGUUCACGUCGACACAGCUGCCACCACAUCUGAGCCUCUACACCUGGCCCAACUGCACCCUGACCGAGCUCGCGCACCAAAUCACGUCCUCGAGCGACGACAACACAUCGCUGCUACCACCAUCCGCCAUCGGCACGCGCCUCGCCUUCCGACUCAUCUUCCCAGACACGCGCAGCAACGCUAACGGCGCAAUGACGGCGCGCUACAUGGUGAAAGAGCUGGGCAGCGUGAUCAUCGGUGACGGUGGGCGCGGUCUCGACCCGGACGACCUGGAUGCGGAGAGGAGUCUCGAGACGGAGACGGACGGCAGCAAGACCCUGAGCGAGGCCCGGUUCGUGGUCGGGGACUACAUCUCGUGCGCCAUCCUGCCGCCGCUGCCCGACGGCUCGGUCGCGCCCCCGUCUAGUGCGCGUAUGGGGCGCGGAGCUGGAGCGAGCGAGCCCAGAGCUGCGGUUGGACGGACGCCAUCAGGCCCCGGCAGAGCCAUAGAUAGGGAGCGGGAGCGGGAAAGGGAAAGGGAAAACGGGUUUGGACGGCCCGGCAGAGGCAGAGAGCGUGGAAGAGGAGGGUUUGAUGACUUUGUAGGCGGUCGUGCUGGUCGUGUGCCCAUGGGCGAGUGGAGGAGGGGAGAGCGACUACCGGAUGCGCCGUCUCCUGCCCGUCCUCGCGGAAGGGGAGGCAGGUUCUGA